AACAUUGAUGUAAACAAAUUUACAUCUGAGCAAGCAAUCAAGUGUUUCCGUUGGUUUUUAGUUGCUUCCUAUCACAAAAUCUUUUUGUUCAAAGGAAAAUAAAUGGCCGAAUCUAAACCAUUUUCUGCGGUGGUCAAACAGGAACACGUUGACGUGGAAGAUCCAAGUGCAUUCUGUUACGAAACCCUAGUAAAGGAAGAACUUAUCAUCGAGGACGAGCUCGAGCCCUCACCCGAAAAAGAUGAUGGUCAAGAUCAAACUGAAGUUUUGCAAAAUCAAUCUGCAGGCCAGCCGAGCAACACAGAAUGGCACUGUGAAAAAUGUAACCAAUCGUACCCUACCUCUAAAUCAUUCAGUGCCCACAAGACUCGUCAUAAAGCGUUGGAAACUGGCCGGUUCGCGUGUCAACAGUGCGAAAGGCGUUUUCCAGACAACAACGCACAACGCCGUCACAAGUGCAAGGGUAAGGCAACGGGGAAUCCCGUAUCCUGGGUUUGCGAAGAGUGCAACAGAACAUUCCCAAAUCGGCAUAUAUUUUAUUUGCACAAAUACAGGCAUAGAGUUGUGAAGGAAGCGAGAUACAGGUGUGAACUGUGCGAUAAGUGUUUUUCGGACAAAAAUGCGCAAACGAAACAUGUACAAAAUGUGCACAGAGAGAAAAGAAGUAUCAAAGCAAUACAGUUGAAAUCGGAAGAUGAACGGGACUCCAAAGCUGAGGAAAAGGACGAAAAUGGCCUCUUCAAGUGUCCGGACUGCGAUAAGCGCUUCGAGGUCCGCAACAGUUACACUUCACACCUUCGGCAGCACCUUGCUAUGAAGCAAGAACGGUACAAGUGCAAGAUAUGCGAGUUGAGUUUCAGAACAAGCUCCGAGCUCAAGAGGCAUGAUCGAGCUCAUGAGAACCACAAAUCCAAAUUGUCAAAUGACCCGUUUGCCUCGAUAUGUCCCGAAGCGACCAUGAAGGAGGAAAACGGCAUAUUCAAGUGUUCAGCGUGUGAGAAGACCUUUGAACAACGGCGUGCGGCUUUGCGUCAUCUCAUGAGACAUGGUUAUGUAAAGCGAGACAGGGUUCAGUGCAAAUUGUGCCCAAUGACGUUCGUUAACAAAACGUACCUGGAAAAACAUCAAAUGGAACACGAAUCUUCGAAGGACGUUUCUGCAAGUGGUUCAAGCAGCGAGAAGGAAUCAGAUUCGGACGAUUUGUCGCAAGAUGGAGCCAGCGAAUUCAAAUGUACCGAUUGCAACAAAACAUUCCGGGAAAAGCGUCUGUUGAAUCGGCAUAUUCGGAGGCACGAAGCGAUCAAAGAGAGCAAAUUUCCGUGCAAGCUGUGCGAUGUGCGCUGCGGAAGCAAACGAGAGCUGAUAACACACGAGGAAAUGCACGCUAGGAAGCAACAAACAACGAUUGUUUCUACAGAGAAAGUGCCCCCAAUAAUCUUGGAAAGAAACAACCACACCGUCUACAAGUGUCCUGACUGCGCCUUAAUAUUCACCAAACAGCGGGUUUAUUCCACUCAUGCUCUUAGGCACGUUAACGUCAAAAACGGAACCUUCAAGUGUGAAACGUGCGGCGUGUGCUGUCCAACCAGAAGGAACCAGCUGGAACACAUACGGAAACAUCGAGCGGGAAAGGUUAUCGCACCGACGCAGCAGGACAAUUUUCCUUUCGUGUGUCCCGAAUGCGGGAAGAAGUUUCCCCUAAGAAAAUACCUUAUCCAACACGUCAGGCGACAUGAGGCCGUGGAAAGUGGCACCUUUCAGUGCAAGAUCUGUGCCAAGUUCUUUAGCACUGGUGUAGAACUGGCUAGACACGAGAAGAUCCAUGAAGGCAAGGACAAGCUGGAAAAGUUUAAGUGUUCCGAGUGUGGCUUCAUUUGUGCUUCACGGUCGUCGUUUGUGUGGCAUCUUAAGAGGCACGAGGCCAUAAGAAGCGGGAAGUUCGAGUGCAAAGUGUGUGGGAAGCUGAGGGCUGUAAUGUCGCCGUGCACAACGAAGCCAAGUUACAAGCUAACUCCGUUUGGGAUCAAAUUGCUGUGUUCCUCCGAGGAGCGUUUUGAGACCGCGCGGGCCCACUUGAUUGCGAACAAAGUGGAGUUCUACACCCACGAGAAACGAAGCGAGCGGCAACUCCGCGUCGUCGUCCGAGGACUUCCGUCGGCUUCACCUGAAUUCGUCAAGAAGAACCUCAAGGAAUCGCAAAACCUGGAUGCUGUGGAGGUGCACGCCAUCAAGAGAAAGGGAGAGUUCGCCUCGUCAGAGGAAACCCCCUACAUUGUUACUGAAGGCGGUUGUGGCGUCCAUCUGGUCCAUCGACAAGUCAUAUCUGGCGGAGAGCGCGAACAGAUAUCGCAGGGAACUGUGACGUACGACUGGCGAGUAGGUUUCGUCAUAGUCUUCCCCUUUCGCUGCGAAAAUCCUUUCACAACCAACCGCGCCUUGUGCCGAUCUACAUUACCACUCGCGUCGUGCUUGGUCUUGAAGACCCACCGACACUUGAUGGCCUUUCUGCCCUUCGGUAGUUCCGUCAGCGUCCAGGUGUCGUUCGCCAUCAGCGCCUCGUGCUCGUCAAACAUGGCCUUCUUCCAGCUUUCAGAGUCCUCUCGAGACAGCGCAUCCUUGUGGGUCAAGGGAUCGCCGUCGACUGCCAGACUCCUGGCUGUGGCCACCACGCAGCUCGUGUCGCGACUCGGCGGGACCGGGUCAUCGGAUUCCUCCGACGAGUUGUCCUCGCUGGCGUCGUCGUCGCUGGUAUCGGUUGAUUCGACCUCCUGUAAGGGAUUGGGACGCGGCAAACCUCUGAGCGAAACAUGGAAAUCAUCGUACUUGCCUGGAAGUAUGUGCUCCCGACCGCUGCGCCUCAACUCCGGUGACAACGGAGGAUUUGAAGAUGAUUGCGGUGGGAGCACGGAGGUCACGUCGGUCACUGAGCCAGCUGUUUCCUCGAACCCGAGAAACUCGUCCUCGCUGUUGUCGACAUCCGGGACACGGUCCGUGUCGGGAUUCUCCAGCUCGUUCUCGGCGGCGUCGUCGAUUUCCACAAAGCGAUUCGGCGAACCACUUGCUGUCGGCGGCACACACCUUAGAAGGCACGCGGCCAUGAAGGAAGGCAAAUAUCAAUGCAAGAUUUGCAGUAUGCGACACGCAUCUGACCGCGAGUUGAAAAUUCACACAAAGAAGCACGAAAUGAACGUGGAAAUGCCGUCAGUUCCACCUCCAGUUAUAAUUGUAAGAAAUGAUCACAGUGCAUUCCAAUGUCCCGAGUGCGGUAUGGUGUUCACCGUCCGGCGUGCCUACAACAACCAUGCGCAAAGACAUAUAAAUAUACGAAAUGGCAUGUACAAGUGCGAUAUUUGCGAAAAGAUGGCCAAAAUCACGGUGAAAACGGAACCCGAUUACGAAAUGCACUCCACCCUGGAGGAUCAGCAAACGCAGCAGGAGGGAUCUGAGGAUAUGACUUCUUUCUGUUACGAAACUGUGGUCAAGGAGGAAGUUAUCCUGGAAGACGAAUUUAUUUCACCAGAAGAGGAGAGCGCCAGAGAGUGUAAUAAGGCAUUUGCCACGGAAAACAAAAGCCACAUCAAACGAGCUCACGAGAAACAUGCACAGAAGAGCUCGGAGGUUUCCGUGCUGGAAGAGGAUGGAGUCUUCAUCUGCAGUAAAUGUAACAAAACGCACGAGGCCAUGAAAGAAGGCAAAUAUCAAUGCAAGAUUUGCAGUAUGAUGGCCGAAAUUACGGUGAAAACGGAGCCCGGUUACGAAAUGCACUCCUCCCUGGAGGAUCAGCAAACGCAGCAGGAGGAAUCUAAGGCCACGACUUCUUUCUGUUACGAAACUGUGACGAAGGAAGAAGUAAUACUGGAAGACGAAUUUGUUUCACCAGAAGAGGAGAGCGCAACCAAGCAAGAUAUGUUUUGCGAAGAAUGCAACAAAUCGUUCACAAAUCGAGCGCUUUUCAGAACUCACAAGUAUAAACAUAAGGUUGUCAAAGAGGGAAAGUAUACCUGCCAAAUCUGCGAUAAGUGCUUUAGAGACAAAUAUGCUCUGACCAUUCACCUGCAGGGCAUUCAUCUAGUGUCCAAGCUCACUAAAAACAAAAAGAACGAAGAAUUGAACGAACCGGAUGUUAAACAGUUUCCAAAAACCAUCACGAACGAACAUGGACAAUUCAAAUGCACCGAGUGUGACGAGAGAUUUGAGUUCCAGUACCUGCAGCAGCGACACAUUCGAAGGCAUUCGGCAUUGAAGCAAGGGUUGUACAAGUGCGAAGAGUGCAAUAAGGCCUUUGCUACGCCCAGUGAAAUCAAAAGUCACCUCAAACGAGCUCACGAGAAACAUGCACAGAAGAGUUCGGAAGUUUCCGUGCAGGAAGAGGAUGGAGUGUUUAUCUGCAGUAAAUGUAACAGGAAGUUUGAGGAGCGACACUUGUGCCAGCAACAUAUUUUGAGACAUUUGGCACUGAUGAAGGAACGGGUUUUCACUUGCUCCAAGUGUCCUAAGAAAUUCAUAUCAGAAAAAUAUCUCGAAAAACAUGAAGCAUGGCACGAAGUUAAAGCAGCUCGUGUCGAACAAUGUGAAAUGGUGAAAUGCGACGAGUGUAACAGGGAAUUCCGAAAUAAGCUCCUGUUGUCUCGACAUAUUCGCAGGCACAAGCUCAUAAAAGAAGGCAAAUUCCUUUGCGAGAUUUGUGACGCGCGAUACACAGCCAAGCGGCAGUUGAUGAAACACGCAGAGAAGCAUAAGAAGAAUCCGUACCUGCCGUCAUUCGAGCCUCCCGUUGUAAUUGAACGGAACAACCACAGCGCGUUCAAGUGUCCGGACUGUGGCAUGGUAUUCACCGUUCGACGUGCGUAUGACAAUCAUGCGCAGAGGCAUGUAAAUUUACGAAAUGGCACGUACAAGUGCGACAUUUGUGAGAAGGUGUGCGGAUCAGAAAACAAUCUGUACAAUCAUAUGCGGCGCCACCGAAUUGGCGAAAUAAAGGAAAUUUCUGAGCCGAGAGAUCUUCCGUUUGAUUGUCCCAAGUGUGAUAAGAAGUUUGGCAAGAAGCAUCUUUUGAAAAGACACACCAAAGUGCACGAGGCGAUAGAAAAGGGUCUCUACAAGUGCAAGACUUGUUUGAAGUACCUAGGAUCAUCUGCCUCGCUUGCGAUACACGAACAGGGACACACUGGCAAGACCGCAAAGGAUUAACACGUUCUGGAUUUUACUGAAUCUCAGUCGCUCAAAGAAUUACGUCGAAAUGCAAACUUAAUUAAAAAUAAAUAUAAUUCAUUGA